GAGUCUAGUGACUCUCGCUGCUUCCCUGCAGAAUUGAGAAGCUGGAUCGGGGGUGCCAAGGUGUCUACGUUUGCCGAGCCACCAGCUACUCUGAGGAGGUUGAGGACAGGGCCAUGCUGACCGUGCAGGCACUGCCCAAGGUGAUGAUCAACAUCCGGACGUCGGUGCAGACCGUGCUGGUGGGCAACGCCGUGGAAUUUGAGUGCCUGGCCUUUGGGGACCCAAAGCCCCAGGUCACGUGGAGCAAGGUGGGCGGGCGGCUGCGCCCAGGGGUGCUGGCAAGUGGCAGCAUGGUGAAGAUUGAGCGCGUGGAGCAGGCGGACGCCGGGCAGUACCGCUGCACGGCCACCAACGACGUCGGCACAGUCCAGUCCCACGUCAUCCUCCACGUCCAAUCUGUGCCCCAGAUUGCUGCAGCCCAGCCAGAAGUGAAAGAGGUCUCCGCUGGGUCUAAGGUGGUCUUCCCUUGCUCGGCUUCCGGUUUCCCUGUGCCAGAUAUCACCUGGACCAAGCUGGAAGGAGACCUCCCCAAGGAGGUCCGUGUGGAGAGCAACGUCCUGACCAUCCCGUCCGCUCGCCCCGAGGACACCGGCAUUUACGUCUGCACGGCAUCGAACCGGCAAGGGAAGGUGACGGCUUUCUCCAUGCUCAAAGUGCACGAGCGGGUGGUGCCAUAUUUCACCCAGAAUCCUCAGUCCUUCCUUGUCCUGCCGACCAUGAAAGACGCCUACAAAACAUUCGCGAUCGAGAUCACCUUCCGACCGGACACACCUGACGGGAUGCUGGUAUACAAUGGGCAGAAGAAGAACACAGGCACGGACUUCGUGUCCUUUGGAUUGGUUGGGGGCCGGCCGGAGCUCAGGUUUGACGCUGGCUCUGGCAUGGCCACCAUCCGGCACCCUUCCAUCAUCAAGCUGGGCGAAUUCCACACCAUCCGGCUGUACCGCAACCUCACCCAGGGCUCUCUCGUUUUGGACAACCACCCUCCCGUCAACGGCACGUCCCAGGGCAAAUUCCAAGGUCUGGACCUCAACGAGGGGCUGUACCUUGGCGGGUAUCCCAACUACGCUGCUACUGCAAAGACAGGCCUGACCAGCGGUUUCAUUGGAUGCGUUCGGCAGCUGAUCAUCCAAGGGAAGGAAGUUAUCUUCAAAGACUUUGACCUGCAAGCUCACGGCGUCUCCAACUGCCCCACCUGCCAGGACCGUCCGUGUCAGGUAAGCUCUCUGCAUGUGUGCAGCCUCUGCAUUUUAUAGAGGGGAGCAGAAUUC